GAGGAGGAGGAGGAGGAGGAGGAGGAGGUGGAGGAGGAGGAGGAGGGAGAGAGAAGCCAGAGAAAAACUUGUCUUGGGGAUUAAUAGGAGGCAGGAGGAGGGAGAGGUGCGCACAGGAAAGCACCCGGACCAUGAAGGCGGCCCUGGCGUUCCUGCUCCCGCUGGCGCUGGCGCUGGCGCCCGCGGCGAGCGCCCAGCGGCGCAAACCCCCCCGCAGGCCCACCCGGCCGCCCGCGCCCUUCGAGGAGCCCGCGGAGCCCACGGAGCUGCCCCCUCCCCUCCCUCCGGGCCCGCCGUCCGUCUUCCCCGACUGCCCGCGGGAGUGCUACUGCCCGCCCGACUUCCCGUCGGCGCUGUACUGCGACAGCCGCAACCUGCGCACGGUGCCCGUCAUCCCGCCGCGCAUCCACUACCUGUACCUGCAGAACAACUUCAUCGCCGACCUGCCCGAGGAGUCCUUCCGCAACGCCACCGGCCUCAAGUGGGUCAACCUGGACAACAACCGCAUCCGCAAGGUGGACAGGAAGGUGCUGGAGAAGCUGGAGAACCUCAUCUUCCUCUACAUGGAGAGGAACCAGCUGAAGGAGGUGCCCGCCUUCCUGCCGCCCAACCUGGAGCAGCUGCGGCUCAGCAGGAAUCAGAUCUCCAAGAUCCCCGCCGGCGUCUUCAACAAGCUGGAGAACCUGGUGCUGCUGGACCUGCACCACAACAAGCUGAGCGACGGCGUCUUCAACAAGAACACCUUCAAGGGGCUCAAGAACCUCAUGCAGCUCAACCUGGCCCACAACAUCCUGAGGAAGAUGCCCCCCGGCGUGCCCAGCGCCAUCCACCAGCUCUUCCUGGACAGGAACAACAUCGAGGACAUCCCCAGCGAUUAUUUCAAGGAGUUCCCCAACCUGGCUUUCAUCCGGCUCAACUACAACCAGAUUUCGGAUAAGGGGCUGCCCAAAAAUUCCUUCAACCUCACCAACCUGCUGGUGCUGCACCUGGCCCACAACAAGCUCACCAACGUGCCCUUCAUCAGCCCCAAGCUGGAGCACCUCUACCUGAACAACAACUCCAUCGAGAAAAUCAACGGCACGCAGAUCUGCCCCACCUCGCUGGUGUCCAUCCAGGAUUUCUCUCCCUCCGACCUGGACAGCGUCCCGCGGCUCCGCUACCUGCGGCUGGACGGGAACCUGCUCAAGCCGCCCAUCCCUCUGGACCUGAUGCUGUGUUUCCGCCUGCUGCAGUCCGUGGUGUUUUAGCCCCGUCGCGCCUCUCCCAGCCCGGCUUCGCUCGGACGUUUCACCCCCGGCGGGUUUGACACGUGGGACCCUCUCUCCUCCCUCUCCCCCGCUCGCCCCCCGCCUCCAUCCCUCUCCCCGUUGGUUCCCGCUUUUCCUGCCCUGCGGGGACACCCGCGGCUCCUUGGGGACCGCUCUGAGCAGGACAGCGCCGUGUCCCCGCCGGUCGCAGCGCCCUGUCCUUGUCCCCCAGGCCCAGCCCGGAGUGGCUCCGUCUCUCCCUUGGAGCCCCGCGGGGUUCGGGGGGCUGGGGUCGGUCCGGAUGGGGUUCAGGCGUGUCCCUGCUCCUGGGGAACCAUUCCCGGUGGGGUUUGGAGCUGGGAUGGGAUGAGCUGAGGGUGGUGGGACCCGUGGAAGUGAGGAGGAUGGACAAUCAGGCCAUCCCAGGGGGUGGGGACACUCCUGUCACCCUUUGGCUCCGCGUUUCUCUGGAGGAGGAGGAGGAGGGUCUAAAUCCCUCCCCGGGCAGGAGCAGACCCCGCCCGGCUUCAAAUCCCCCAUCCCAGCAUCCCCCCACCCAUGGGGCCACAGCCCCAUCCAAAUCCUGAAUCCACAUCCAUGGGGCCACAGCCCCAUCCCAAAAUCCUGAAUCCACAUCCAUGGAGUUACAGCCCCAUCCAAAUCCUGAAUCUACAUCCAUGGGGCCACAGGCCCAUCCAAAAUCCUGAAUCCUUCCAUGUAAAAUCUGGGAUCAAGAGCCACAGCCCCAUCCCAAAAUCCUGCACAUUUCCCUGUAAAAUAUUAUGAUGUAGUGACACAUAUAUGGGAUCACAGCCCAAUCCCAAAAUCCUACACCUUUCCCUCUAAAAUCUGGGAUUCAGGGACACAUCCAUGGGGCCAGAGCCCCAUCCCAAAAUCCUGCACCUUUCCCUGUAAAAUCUGGGAUGCAGGGACACUUCUGUGGGGUCACAGCCCCAUCCCAAAAUCCUGCACAUUUCCCUGUAAAAUAUUAUGAUGUAGUGACACAUAUAUGGGAUCACAGCCCAAUCCCAAAAUCCUACACCUUUCCCUCUAAAAUCUGGGAUUCAGGGACACAUCCAUGGGGCCAGAGCCCCAUCCCAAAAUCCUGCACCUUUCCCUGUAAAAUCUGGGAUGCAGGGACACUUCUGUGGGGUCACAGCCCCAUCCUGCAUCCUUCCCUCUGAGAUCUGAGGAUUCAGGGCCACGUCCACGGCUCAGUUUCUCUCUGGAGCCAAUCACACAUGGCUGGGUUUUGCCUUUUUUUAUCAGAAAUAAAAGGAAGGGAGAAGAAAAGGGAAGAAUCAUCCUUUGGAAGGGCUAUUUUUAUCCCUGCUCUUCCCCGUCCCCACAUGUAUCGCUUCCCCCUCCCAUAGCUGUACCUGCAUUUAUAGGGUGUCCGGGUUUAGGGGGGAUUAUUCUCUUCUUUUCUUCCCGAGUCUCAGGAUUUGGAUUUAAAGGCCGAGCAUUAGAAAGGAGGAAAAAAAAAAAAAUCAAAAUCCAACUGCAAUGAGCAUUAAAUAAGCCAAAGAAAGCUCCUUUGUGUCCAGCCAGCAGAGCUGACCCUUCCCAGGACGGGCACGGACGGGCACCGUGUCCUUCCCCUGCAGCUGGCACAGGGAUGCUCCCCUUCUCCCAUUAAUUAACACCUCCUGCUCAUUAAGGAGGCUUUCCCCUGAUGCUAAAAUCUGCUUUGCAGCUCUCCCUGCAGUAGGGUGGGACAGGUUUCAGCCCUAAACCCGGACAGAGCCCCUGGAUUUAUAUAUAUUUAUAUCUGAUGUGUAUAUAGACUGGUAGAAUGUACAGAUAUUCCUAAAGCCACGUGCUCCUCCCCACCCGGCAACUUUAUGGGGUUUUCACUCCCACUCCCUGCAGCAGUGGAAAUAAAAUCAUUCACAAGGGA